AAGCUAGUGUGCUAAGAAGAUGCGUGAAGCUUUAAAUGGCCUUAUUGAGCAGAUCUGGGUUGAAAACAACAUACAACAAGCAAAUCGAAGCUUGGAUGAUUAUCAAGGCAUGAUAAACAUCAUUCAGGUUCAAGAGAAGCUUAAUUGAGGUCAUUUAUGCUAAAUUACACAGUUUGCGUCAAUCUCGCAAUUCUGUUGCAAUUUGUAACAAACUGAUAUUUCAUGU